AUGUCAAUCAACGCGUCUACCGCGGCUCUCGUUGGGAGCUUACCAGUCUCGUUCCUUGAGCAGCUCUCGGGUAUACCUCCGCCACCAGGCCAGAUGUCGAAUUUUGUUGACCCGCCCAAUCUCAUUGCGACAACGGCCGUUGUUGUUGCUAUCAGCGUUUUUCUCAUGAUCAUAGCGGUUUCUUUGCGAGUCUAUUCGAAACAAACCUCGGGCAGGGCCUUUUCUUGGGAGGAUUAUACAUGUUUUCUAGCGGUGGUGGGCUGUUUUACCUAUUCUGGCGUCACAGUUUAUGGUACGAUACACAAUGGUUUCGGUGUCCAUGAAUGGAAUGUGCGGGUUAGUACACUGGUAUCAGAUAUCUUCCUUCAGAUGACUCUCUUCAACGCAGCAUCGUACCCCCUCAUAGUCUUGAUGGCGAAGUUGUCCAUCCUUAUUCUCUAUCUACGCCUCUUUGAAAGGAACAAGGGCACCAAAAUCCUCACGUGGAUUGGAAUACUAGCUUGCUCCAUCUUCUACACAUUCGGAAUGCUCUUUGCCUUGAUCAGCUGUAGUCCCUGGCCCGGGGAGACUCGCCUUGUUGGACUUGCAUCAGAAAGAUGUGUAAGGGUGAUCAUCUACGGCUACGUUACUACAGCCUUCAACGUUCUUUCGGACUUCUAUUUAGUCAUCAUCCCUAUACCCGCAAUCAUUAAACUGAACAUGACAACAGAGAAGAAGAUCAGAGUCUCUGCAAUAUUUAUGCUAGGUAUUCUAGCAUGUGCUUGCGCGAUCGUUAAUUCGUAUUUUCGAGUCAUUCUCACGCAAACACUCGAUCUUACCUAUGCGACCGCCCCGGUAUUGCUGAUCUCAAUCGUGGAAAUCAACGUUGGCAUUAUGGUCGGUUGUAUGCCUGUCAUCCAGCCCGCCAUCAUUAACCGAGUCAUCAACUUUUUUAAUAUCGCUUUCAUCAGAUCUCUCCUUUCGCGCCUUUCGUUCAGCUCCAAGGCUUCCAGCCGCGAAGUUGUGGAGGGCUCUACGCAGGUUCCGAAAGCAAGCGACAAGCCUCAUCUCGAGACUCGGAUCCUGCACGGUGUUGAUGGAAACGGCAACUUCAUACGCAAUACCGCUGGUGACGGAAUGAACACCCAGCGUUCCUGGUUUAGACGCGCAAUGUUGGGCACAUGGACCACGCGACGGAAUAACAGCAACUAUAAUGACAUAGCAUCCGGUAUCGGCAGUACCCGGGCCACGAACAGUCACCAUUUUCCGACUUCGGACGAUAACAUCGUGGUGAUGACAAGCAUUUCGACAGAUGCUCGCAGCAGUCAAGAGCACGACCCCCACAGACAAUACUUGCAGCACGCCGAACGGGUCCGGAAUCUGGUGUGA